ACAUUUAUCGUAGCUUUUGAAAUUCUCCACAAAAAAGCUAAAAAUAAUCGUGGAUUCAUCAAAAAACAUAAAUAAACUAUUUCCUCUGAAUUUUUAACGCAAAUACUCAUAACCUAGUUCAUUUAAUCUGUGAGAAUUCGUAAAAUCUGAUAUUUUAUUCAGUAAAGUUGAAGUAAAGUUAACCUCAUUGUUCUGUUCUGUUGUAUUUUGUUCUGUUUGGUGGAUAUUCUCGAGGAAAAAGUGGUGAUAGAAGAUAAAUAAAUGUGAUGAACAACAAUUUAAUGAUGUGACGUGAAGGAACAGACGAGUGAAGUGGAAAUUGUUGGGACAGUGAAUUUUCUGUUUGGAUUAUGUCGAGUGAAAAUAUUGUUGAGAGGGAGGAGGGGGCGAUUGAUGAAGAGAGACAUCAGGUGCAAUUGACAGAUGCCAUUGGCGAUUCGGAAAUGUCACAAUUGUUGAGGGAACAGAAUCAAUUGUUGAUGAGACAGAAGUCACAACAGUUCGUGGAGGAGAUUAAUUUCAGGGAGAUACAGACAGAAGAGGUAGUUGGUAAGGGUUCCUUCGGGGUAGUCUACAAAGCCAAAUGGCGGGGAAGAUAUGUUGCUGUGAAGCACAUAAAUACAGAGGGAGAGAGAAGAGCAUUUGCUGUGGAAGUGCGACAAUUGUCCAGGGUCUCACAUCCGAAUAUCGUGAGGCUUUAUGGAGCCUGCACGACUGAUCCAGUUUGUCUAGUCAUGGAAUAUGCAGAGGGAGGAUCUCUCUACAAUGUUCUGCAUUGCGAACCCAAACCACAUUACACUGCAGGUCACGCCAUAAGUUGGGCACUACAAUGUGCAAAAGGAGUUCAAUACCUCCAUAGUAUGAAGCCAAAACCACUGAUUCACAGGGACCUGAAGCCCCCGAAUUUACUCUUAAUCCUGGGAGGCAGGACAUUAAAAAUCUGUGACUUUGGUACUGCCUGUGACCUGAACACCUACAUGACGAACAAUAAGGGCUCAGCAGCGUGGAUGGCCCCAGAAGUGUUCGAGGGCUCGAAGUACACAGAAAAGUGUGACAUAUUCAGUUGGGGUGUCAUCCUGUGGGAAGUAUUAACGAGGAAAAAGCCUUUUGAUGACAUCGGAGGGUCUGCCUACAGGAUCAUGUGGGCAGUGCACAUUGGACAGAGGCCACCACUCAUUGAAGGCUGUCCUAAACCCAUUGAGAACUUAAUUACCAGGUGUUGGCAGAAAAAUCCUGAGGGACGUCCUGGGAUGGAGGAAAUAGUUACAGUAAUGACCCACUUAUCAGAAUUCUUCAGUGGGGAGUUGGAGCCAGUGGAGUACAUGCGAAGUAUGAGUGAGGAAUUCGAGGAAGACAUGUCCAACGAAGACGACACGAUAGACAUGACGUGGAACGAAUCGAGUCAAUUGGACAGGGACACAAACAUCCCUGGGGAUGAGAAUGUCCAUGAGACCCUAGGGGGAGAGUCGAAGGACGAAUCAGGAAAAAGAGAAAGUUACAGUUCUGAUUUUCGUGAGUCCCCAAGGGUUUUUGCGAACGACGAGGAGCUGGAGGGCUCGACUGUUCGAGUAACAUCACGACCUCCAGUGGCUCCAGCCAGGUCUGGGGGACUCUCCAGGAUGGAGGGACAGGGGUUCAAACCCCUUCACAUCGAUUGCGAUCCGGGCUCUUGGGAGCUGCAGAACAUGGCAGGACUCGAUAGAAUGGGACUGAAGGCUAAGAAAAAUAAUGAGAAAAUACCUGAGAGCAGUGCAAGUGCAGAUGACCUGGAGGACGUGUACCAUGUCCUGGACACGGAGUUGCGACCGUUAACUCCAGACAACAGUUGUCAAAUAUCAAAAGAGAUAUUCGAGGAGCACAAGCUCCUCGCGCAGGAAUACCUGAAAAUUCAGACUGAAAUAGCCCUCGUGGGGCAGUACAGGAGCGACAUGCUGAAGAGUUUGAGUCCUGAUGCCUUGAAGGACCUGCAGGAGCUCAGGAAACUCGAGGACGAGAAGGAAUCGUUGGUAAAACUCUACAGGAACUUGAAACGACAGCUGGAGUUGAUGAAGGGUCAGGGUAGGGUGACCCCGACGCCCCCGACAGGUCCAGGAAACCCGGCAGUUCCUGGUGACGACGGCUGGGUCUUCAUACCUCGGCAGGAGCCAUCGAGAAUUUCCUGAGUUUGACUGAUAUUCAUAUUUCCCUCAAUCACCAGACAAUUAUAAAUGUAAAAACAUCAUUAAUUAUAAGCAAUCCCAUAAUUCAUUCGUGCAGAAAUGGACACAUGGCUUUGAAAAACCAUAAUAAUCAUGAAUUUGAAAUGUACAAUGGUAAUGAUACUGAUUAUGAAUUAAUUUAAGAUGGAGAGUAAUUUAUUUUGUCAAUAAACAUUGCAUAAUUA